GUCCGGGGCGGCGGGGCUCCUCCUCCACAUGGUCCUCUCCGCGCGUCUUCUCCAGGCUUUCCUAAUACAGCUUCUCUUCUCUGUCGCGGGCAAGAAAGUGGAACGUGGGGAAGCAUUUUGCUCCGUUCACUUGUACAGAAUGAGGGGGAUCUGACUGCAGUCAGGAAAAUGGGACCUACUCAGUUGCUGCCCCCACUGCUGUGAUUAUGUUUUCCUAAGCAAGAAUCAGGAUGAUGAUCAUGUUGAUCUUUGAAAGAUGUGCUGUAAAACAAACCAUAGGUUUUUGCUCCUUUAUGCGAGCCAGAAGGGUCAGGCAAAAGCUAUAGCUGAGGAAAUAUACCAUCAGGCCAAGGACAGUGGGCUUGAAGCAGAUCUUCACUGCAUCAGUGAGUCAGACAAGUAUAACUUGAAUAGUGAAAAAGACCCCGUGGUUAUUGUUACUUCUACUACGGGUACAGGAGAGCCACCGGACACAGCAGUCAAGUUUGUUAAGGAAAUUAACGAUAAAUCUCUGCCGUCGGACCACCUUUCCCAUUUACGAUACGGAUUGCUAGGCCUGGGAGACUCAGAAUACACAUUUUUCUGCAAUGGUGGGAAGAUAAUAGACAAACGAUUUCAGGAACUUGGAGCACAACGCUUUUAUGAGGUUGGACUCGCUGAUGAUGCUGUCGGUUUGGAACUGGUGGUUGACCCUUGGAUUGCUGGACUUUGGCCUGCCCUCCACCAAGAAUUUGCAUCCAGAAAGAAAGAAAGAAACCACACUGAAGAACCUCCAUCUCUUUGUGCUGAUGCAGUUUGUAACUCGUGCAUAAACUCCAGAGUAGAGCGUUUGAAGCUAGAAGUUUUGGGUGUGAACAAUGAUCUCCUAGCAAAAGCAGUUACUAAGUCAGAACUUCCCCUUCAAGGCUCUCAGCCUUCACUUUUCCACUCGGUUCCUCCACUUUCACAGUUGGCUCUUAAUGUUCCUGCUUUGCCACCAGAAUACCUAGAAGUGCACUUUCAAGAAAGCUCUGAGCAGGAUCCCAGCCUGUGUUGCGUUUCAGAGAGCUCCAUUUUCCAGGUUCCUGUCAUCAAGGCUGUACAACUUACUAGGGAUGAUGCAAUUAAAAGGACUUUGCUGCUAGAACUUGAUAUUUCUAAAACCACAUUUAGCUACCAGCCUGGAGAUGCCUUUAAUGUCAUUUGCCCUAAUUAUACCAGUGAGGUGGAAGAGCUUCUUCAUAUCUUGGGACUGUCAGAGAAGAAAGAUUACUUUGUUUGCUUGAAGGUUAAGGCAGGCACUAAAAAAAGAGGAGCAGCUGUGCCACUGUAUAUACCUGAAAAGAGUACUGUGAAAUUUAUUCUGACCUGGUGUCUGGAAAUAAGAGCAGUUCUCAAAAAGAUAACAAAACAAAAAUUGGGACCAUAAAAAUAUGCUGCAUGU